ACAGGGCGCGGCUCACACUCAUUAUCCUUCUCCUCGUUGUGCAAAGCGAUAGUAUUGAAGACAGAAAUAAUCGUUUUGUCACGGCUUGCUGCGGGACAGUGGAGGGCGUUGUGCAGCCUGUCGUGGUAUCUUUCCUCACUGACGUCACGAGCAAUACUUUAUACAGCGAGGGUUUGCGGGGAUGUGCGCCAAAAGUACCGUGGCACCCCUGGACCGCAUCAAAAUUCUCCUACAGGCACACAACAAACACUACAGGCAUGACGGAGUGGUGAGCGGGCUGAAGAACAUCGUGGCGAGGGAGAAUGUUUGGGCUCUGUACAAAGGCAAUGGUGCUCAGAUGGUCCGUAUUUUCCCCUACGCCUCCACACAGUUCACCUCCUUCGAAAUGUACAAGAAGUUUUUGAACAACAACUGGGGACACAACAAGUUCCUCAGCAAGACCACCUCGGCAGUGGCGGGAUCCAUGGCUGGGGUGACGGCGGUCUUCCUCACCUACCCGCUGGACACCAUCAGGGCCAGGCUAGCUUUCCAGGUGUCAGGCGAACAUGUCUACACCGGCAUCGUCAACGCAGCUGUCACUAUUUUUCAGACGGAAGGAGGGAUGCGUGCCUUAUACCGCGGCUUCACGGCGACAGUGUGCGGCAUGAUCCCCUACGCUGGCCUCAGCUUCUACUGUUUUGAGCAGAUGAAGUACCUGUGUAUGCUGUGGUUCCCUCAUUACACCUGCAAACCCUGCCAGAAGAACACAGGAGGACUGGUGUUGACAGUGCCUGCGAAGCUCUUCUGUGGUGGGCUGGCAGGUGCUGUGGCACAAAGCUUCUCCUAUCCCUUUGACGUAACGCGGCGAAGGAUGCAGCUGGCCUGGAUGAACGAGGAGACGCGGAAAUUCGGAGCAAUGGGGAUGGUGGACACCCUGAAGCUGAUCUACCGGGAGAACGGCAUCGUGCGGGGCUUGUACCGCGGCAUGAGCAUCAACUACAUGCGGGCCAUCCCAAUGGUGGCUGUGUCCUUCUCCACAUAUGAGUUGACCAAGCAGCUGCUGGGCCUAGACACAGGGCUCAGCAUCAAGGCCGGAUAACCCUCACCACCACUCAUGGGACCACCUCCAACACUUCUCUGAUAGAGUCUAAGGAGAAACUUUAUAUCAUGUUACAUGAUUAUUUUUCUAUGAUUAAUUGCUUGAUUGUGAUUGAUCUGAUGUGCAGCAACAAUGGGGUCUUUAUGCAUUACCAAGAAAACGCUUAGAAUUUUUGAAAGCUUUUGCUAUUUUUCAUAAAAGAUUUGCAUUUUUAAGUAUUUUUCAGAUCUGCAUUAUGUUGAGUCUUCCCAAAAGAUGCCAACUUACAGCUUCCUGAAGCAGUGAUGUCACAAGUCUAGUGAAUUGCUUGUCUAUAGAUAGAAUAGAAAUUGAUGGACUAAUGAACUUGUCUGUAUUAAGAGCUCUUUGUAAAUCAAGAAGAGCCAGGGACACCAUCAUUGGAGGUAGUUGCUUAAUAUUUAUUUUUUCAGACAUUUAUUGGAAUGUGACAUCACCUCUUUAGCUGACAGUACAUGAAGCUGCUGAUGCCAAAAUUAGAAUGUUCUCACAUUUAUCACACAAGACCAAAUGACCAAGACAAAUGUGUGGGUGUUAUUUUGAAGGAGAGUUUUUGUAUUGAGUCAAAGAAGUAAUGAAUGAAACACUCUACUUCUGACUAACUACAUAAUUUUGCCACAAGAUCAACAGGGGGUCAUUUCAUUGGUAAUCUUCCUUUAGUCUGCUUCCAUCUCAAGAAAAUGCUGUCUUUUCACAUAUAGAAGUGUACUUUGUAGUCUUCACCUCAGGCAUGUCACCAAACUGAAUGGUAUAGUUGCCAGUAUAUAUUAGGACUUUUUAUUGAUAUUUUAACUUAUUAUGUGUGUGUGUGUGUGUGUGUGUGUGUGUGUGUGUGUGUGUGUGUGUGUGUGUGUGUGUGUGUGUGUGUGUGUAGGCCUUUACUCAGCCUCCUUUAUUCACCAGAGUUAUUAGCCUGGCAUGGAAUAGUUUAGUAGUGGUAGUUAUAGCAAUAAUUAUUGUUGAUGUUAUUGUAGUAGUAGUAGUAGUAGUAGUAGUAGUUCAUGGAAAAAUUGUCCAUAUCUUUCCUUUUCUAAUAUUGGAACUUUACCUCUAGUGUUUCUUUUUACUAUGUGUCAUGUGCAUUGCAUAGUUUUUUAUUUAAUUUUGUUACGAUUGUGAGAACUUUGUGAUAUUAGAAAUCAAAUGACUUAUUGUUCUUUAACGAGCUAAGAAAGUUGCUGGUUGUUUGUCCAUCUUUGUUUAUACUCAUUGUUAUUACUUUUAUAGU